AAAAGGCUAUUAGUUUUUGGAUAAGUCAAGUAUCAACUAGUGGUCUUACUAUUAAUAAUAAUAUUUUAUGUGAAAAGGUUAGAGAUUUUGUACAAGCUUUAAAUAUUUCUAAAAAAUCAUUAUCAUUAUCUCAUGGUUGGUUAAUGGAAUUAUUAUUUAAUUAUGAACUUGAAAAUAUUUAUAAUACUGAUGAGACUGGAUUGUUUUAUAAAAUGACAAGUAAUCAAACAUUGGUAACUGGUCCUGUUAA